CCAUAGUCCUCUCUAAUGGCUGCUGGUUCGCUUCCUUCACUGGUCAUCGUUCUGCUACUGUCAACUGUUGUUCUUAGCUACGUCCAGUCGUGCAGCCACAGCGGGUAUUUGACCGGCACCACAAGCAAAUGCAACGAAGAAAAAGGCGCGGAGUGCUGCAAGGCUGGCAAGAAGUACCGCCAGUAUCGCUGCUCGCCGCCGGUCACCGCAGCCACGAAGGCACACAUGACCAUCUACGACUUCUCCGAAGGCGGCGACAGCGCCGCUCCUUCGAAGUGCGACGGUGAGUACCAUUCCGACCACGAGAUGGUCGUCGCGCUGUCCACCGGCUGGUACGAAGACGGCAGCAGGUGUGGCAACACCGUCAGGAUCGACGCCAAUGGCAGAUCUGUGCUGGCCAAAGUUGUCGGCGAGUGCGACUCGGUGAACGGCUGCGACGAAGAGCACAACUUCCAGCCUCCCUGCAGGAACAACAUCGUCGAUGCGUCUCGAGCAGUGUGGAAGGCGUUGGGCUUCUACAAGUCGCACAAUGGUGACUACGACAUUACUUGGUCAGAUGCAUGAUCCCGGAGAGCUUCAAGCUCUGCUAUAUCUAUCUAUCUCAAUAACAUCUCGAUCCAUGGGCAACGCCCAGCACCCUGCAGUCCAUGUAGCUCGAGAAACCCGUCCCCGGUUACUGCUAGCCUAAAUAGAUGGAAUACUCUGCGUUACUCCAUGCACCAACU